ACAUACAUUGGAGCCUCUGUGCCUGGAGACCUUAGCCACUUACCAGUGCUCUUCCUCGAUUCCACAGUUCCACUCUCAACAACGAAACUCUCACUUUUACCGAAUGUGCAGGGUGAUAUUGGAAUUAUAUAAAUUUGGGAUCUGAGCUUAGUGUAUUGUCAAAUUCGAAAAGAGAACUGAACUUUCAACUUAAGGAUGAGCUCCUUUCAACUCACUGCUUGCGCGCCACUUGUGAAUGCCACAUAUAUUUCUGCAGCUCAUUGCCUGACUGCUUCAGGGUUACGUACCUCUCCAACAUAUGCACUUCAGCUUCAUAUUAAAUGUCCCAAGAUAGCUUUUAAUACAUCUAGCUACCAGAGGUGCACAACUGUCUGCAUGCUUGGUGGCAAAGGAAAAUCAGGAAAUGGCAAUGAGGAUUCUCCAUGGAAAGCAAUUGAGAAUGCAAUAAGAGGUUUCGGAAAGGAGCGGUCAGUACAAGAUGUUUUGCGUAAGCAGAUGCGAGAACAAGAAUUUGGUGAUACUGGAGGUGGUGCAGGGAGUCCUCCAAGUGGUGGUGGUGAUGGUUCUGGUGGUUCAGAGGAUGAAGGCUUCGGUGGGAUUUUGGAUGAACUAUUGCAAGUGACCUUAGCAACUAUUGGCUUUAUUUUUCUGUAUAUGUACAUAAUCAAUGGUGAGGAGAUGACUCGAUUGGCAACUGACUACCUCAAGUAUAUAUUUUGGCGAAAGAAGAGUGUUCGUCUAAGGCGUUCCAUGUACAAGUGGCGGAGGUUCUAUCGCCAUCUGACAAGAAAGGAUGUGCUGCAGGAGGAUUGGUUGGAACGUGAAAUCCUUAACACACCAACAUGGUGGCACAACCCCGAUCAAUUAAGGCAGCUUCUCAGGGCUCGUCUUGCAUCAACAUCUUAUCCGUAGUCCUGGUCUCUUCUCCUUUAAUCUCCGCUGUUUUUUUUUUUUGUGGUUCAUUUUCAUUUUAGCUUUGAGGGAUGGAUGGAAUUCUAAAAGAUAAGAGAGUUGUGAAUCGAGAAUUUUAUUAUGUUAAAGGCUCAAAGAAUCACUAUGGCAAUAAGUUUUUUGGAACGCAAUUUUAAGAGAUGCA